UCUGUUAAGCACAAAGCUACACAAUGGUUUAUCCGUACUUUGCUGAUCGCAGGUAUCGAAGCCCGAAUCUUAGCUUGAAAGGCCUUUAGACUUACCAGUGAACCAUCGAGGUGUUCUUGGACAAAUUAAAAUUACCUCAAUCUAGAGUUACUGUUCUUAUUAUUACCCAAACAAAUGUGCGUUUAACAAGAUUGAACAUUCAUAGUCAUCCCGUACGUUUCACUCUUACAUUUACAUUGUAAAUUUUCAUGAACGAAAAAUCCUUGACCAAUAGUCCAAAGAAUUGGAAAUAACCCUCUUUUUCUAGCUGACUGUUUCUUUUUGCUGCCCGGUUCACUUUUUGUGACAUAUUUCGGUGAUUUCCAUGAGUUGUCUGUUUACACGUUAUGUGAAAUUGCGGGUAAUGCAUGACGUAAAUCAUGAGGUAGGAGAAUAUAAACCUCAGCUACUUGUCGGCCAAAAGUAAAGGCGGAAUACUGUAUGCAUAGCUGUUCAGAUCGUUACAAGCUUGUGGACCAAAAGUAAAGUGGGCAUACUAUAUGUUCAGAACGUUACAAACGUAUCGAAAAUUGUAUCUCUCACAUUAAUCUUUUUGUCAAAUUUUAAAGGUCAGCAUCAAGGCUCAGAAAAAAUAUCCUUAAGUCAAACAAAGUUAUUGACGACAUUCAGGAAAAAUGUCUUGCUCCACAGUGGUCUGUUACAUCUAAACAUCGUCUUAGGGCUUUACAGGUCGUUAGCUUAAGUGAAGCUCCACAAUGGCCUUAUAGUCACUGCCAAACCCUCUGGUAAAGUUUUAUAGGACGUGUCGCUAGAGUGAAGCUCGCUCCACAGUGACCUAACUGUGACAUUCGAACUCUGUUUUAGAGUUUUACAGAACGUGUCGCUAGAGUGAAUCCCAUCCCACAGUGACCUAACUGUCACAUACAAGCAUUGUGUUAACGUUUUAUAAGGCGUGUCGCAAGAGUGAUGCUCAGUCCUCAGUGUUCUGAUUAGUUCUUUUAGCAAUGGCUCACUAACACCUCGUAUAUGUACGUUAAUGGAAGUGAAGUGAAAUCUGGGCAACUUUUUCUUUUUCUGGUUAAUAAAUCAAUAAAAAAUGAGCACAGACUUCUCGUGUUCCAGACCUCAUAAGCCUCUUUCUUUAAGGCCUUCUUCUUGGACGUCAAACAGUUUCGAAACUCAGUUUUCUAGCACUUCGAAUAAGAUCGACAUCAUUCAAGAACUCGAUCUUUAUUUCAUGAGACAAGUUGCUCAUAAUCUUCAGGAAUAUGAUCUAGAGAAUAAGAUUGACUUAGAAAUCAAAAUGCGCGAGGGAACGACCAAGCUUUUAGCAGCAUGCAAACAUCCUAUGCAGAGCCUGGAGGCGGCAAAAUCAUUACUGACGUCAAAUGAAAGAAUGACUGCUUACAUGUCUGAGCUUCAGAGGAGGAAAAUGGGAAACCUAAAGAGUGACCAAGUUUCAGCAAGUAAUUCCCGAGUGUCUGUGUCAGAUAUCAGGAUUCCACUUAUUUGGAAAGAUCACUUCAAGAACAAGGGAAAUCACAGAAGGUUUGCAGUUUUCUGCCUCUUGAAGAUUGGUACAGAAAUUUUUGAUACAGCAUUGGUAAAAAAUGUUGAUCGGAAUAUGACAGACAUUUCAUUUGAUGAUGUUAUUAUUUUUAAUCAAGUAUCUGCCAAUUUUGAGUUCCAACUGGAAGUUUAUUCUCACAUCAUUCUUGAUGACAUGAGCAUCACCGGAACAUCCAGCCGAAUCAAGAAAAAAAUCUCCAGUUCUCUAAGCAGGACAAUUGGUAGAAAACUUGCAGUAUCUGUAAAAGAAGAACUGAACUCUGUUGACAUCAGAGUUCCACAGUUUGAACUUGUAGCUCACACUACAUUGAUGCUCAGUGACAGUGAUGAUGUAAUAAAGACUCAUGACUUAGUGUUAGAAACUUUGGAUAACCCUCAGCAUCAAUUACCUUUUUUUGGACAAUUGUGUUGUCGAUUAGCAGUACAACCCAUCUUUAUCAAAGAAGAAAUAUUUUCUGGUUUUCUUCAUGUUGCUCAUCAAGCUGACAGCAUCAGUGGCUAUAGAAGACUCUGGUGUACACUAAAAAGCUUAAAAUUAUCUUUCUGGCUAAAACCCGAAGACUCCUAUUAUACUCCACCUGUUUUAGAUAUUCCAGUUAAUAAGGACACCAGGUUACAAACUGAAGUGGCAUCCUGCAUCUACCCUCAUAGCUUCAAACUUGUGAAUAUGGUUCAUGGAAAGGCACAAGAGCAUAUAGUAGCAGCUGAAAGUGACCAAGAUUAUAUUCAAUGGACAGAAAUUAUUAAACAGCAUGCAAGAGAUCAUGAAACAUGGGGUGUAAAAGCAGAAUAUCCAAUGGAAAUUCCUUCUCCAGGACCUAGCAAAAUUCCAGGGUUUUUCAGACAAGUUUCAUUGUAUGAACAGACUCCUAUUUCAGAGUCGGAUGAUCCAUCAAACAAUAGUAAUCACUGUUGAAGAUAUUUCACCAUUUUGUUCUCACAGUUCGAGAGUUUUUUAAGCCACCAACAACAACAUGUCCUGUCUUUCCUUCACAAUGCUCAAAAUAUACUUCUUCCUGAAUUAAUGAAAUUUUUUUAUUUCUAAUUUAUAUACAGACGGAAAUAUGAAGAGAUUCGUAUUAAAUAGAUCUGGAGUGAAAAAACUGACACAUUAUUGACUAAUUACAUACUCAUUAUAUGAUCUGUUCUUCUCCAAAAAACUCAAGUUUACAGUAGUUUGUACCACUUAAACAAAAUGUUUUGUAUGCAAGAAGUAUGCAAAACUGUUUUAAAGACUUGCCUUGCUCAAAAUAAUAAUAGAAUGUAGUUGCAAAAUUAAAUGAGAUGAUUUUUGUUAUUAUAUUUAACUCUUUAAGACUGUAUUUACAUUGAAAUCAAUUUUAAGUAAGUUUUCAGUUAUUCAAAACUUUAUACAAUUUUCAGUUAUGCUUUUAAACUUUAUCUUGGUUAAUGUUAAUUUUAAAUUGUGAAAUUAGAAGUAAUCUGGCACGACAGUUAGUGAUAAUUUUAACAUUUGUAAAAAGUAUUUUUGAACCUAUGGAAAUCUGAGUGAGAUGUAGUUAAUGCAGCCACACCUUUUGGUAUCUGACCUGCCUUGUCACCAACGAAAGUAUAAUUUUUUUUAAACUCUUAUCUAUAGAAUUAUUGCUAAGAUUACUUUAACUGGAUUGUUAUUGUAGUAUUCUGUAAUUUAUUGUGAAUCUGCUUCAAACACUGGAUUUGUUUUGUUUUUUGUACUGUAUGUGUAUUAAGAAUAUCGUGCCAGACAAGCAAUUGUAAGUAGAUGUUUUGGGCAUAUUAACCCAUUCACUGAGGUUGGUACGCAAAUGGCUUCUAAAUGUUUGUUCUGUUCACUGCGUCAACUCAUCAGAGUCAAUGCUAUCUAUUAAAUCCAUAAAAUAAUCUGGAUUUCCCCCAACUACGACAGUACAUGCUGCCAUGUUGUCAAACAGGUCUCUCUGACAUCGUGAGGCUGAAAUAAUUGAUUUACUGUAUCACAACAUAUAGCGGAAUGAUGAUGGACAAUAUUACAACAAAAAUUUACGAUCUAACGUCUCGCUCGGGAAUUUCAUAAGCAGGGAUUCAUAUUUGUACCAAAUACAUAUACCGUGGGUUUCAUCUACGUCAUCCAUGAACUAAAUCAACAGUCAAGGAGGAAGGCAGAGGGUGCACAUGAUCCUUUCAGGUCACAUGACCAAAAGAAAAAUAAAAAACGGACGACCAACUACAUAAAACUAACUGGUCAAAAUACCAGAAAAUAUUAAGCAAAAAUCACCCAGAGAAGAUUAUCAACAGUGUCCAAGCACGUACGCAGGGGGGUUCGUCCGAACCGCCUAUUUUCGUAAUGUAAAAAAUCAUGCUUAUAUAGUUACGUCGCAGCUGCUUAUGGCGUUCAACGUUUUCUACAUAGUCUACACACUUCUAAUGAAGCACUAGCAUUUUUGGCUUGAAAUAGCUGCAUGCCCCUAUACCCCUGUAGCAUUAGCAUGCUUUACAUGCUGAUUGUGUUUACCACAAUAUAUGUUGGCUUUUGAUCUCACAAAUUAGAACACCCCCCUCAAUAUUUCAAACAUUCUGCGUACGGGCCUGAUGCCGAAACCUUUCCUUAGUUGAUAGCUACUCCAGUAUAAUCACAGAGUGCCUUAUAAAUUCUGCAGACAUAUGUAUCCCAAAAACAUCAUAAACAUACAUGGAAACCACACGAACAACUACUAAUCACAGUAAAAAUUCGCAAAAUAUAUAUGAACACAGAAAACCGAGAAAUAAACAGUAUAUACACUCAGAAACGUUAUAAGAAAUUAAAUAAAAAUUCUCAAAGUAGACAAAUGGGAAGAAUACUGAUCAAAACUUAACACACAUAGACCCAAAAGACUUCUGGUCCCAACUGAAACGAUUCACUGAAAACAAUAAAAAUAUACACAUAUAUCCUACACUACAACACAAUAACACCAUAGCCAACACAAACACACAAAAAAACAGAAGUAUUCAGAAAACACUUCGAAAAUACUUACAAAACACCAACUGAACCAACAAUGAACAAGCCGUUCUACAAUAAAAUUAACAACUACAUUAACCCCACCUAUCAUUCCUGUCGCACCUCGAGAGGGCCAACCGGUAAUCAUAACACACAACAAAGCUUACUCAAUCAACCAAUAACAGUAAGAGAAAUACAAGACACUCUUAAAAAGACAAAAAACAAGGCUCCAGGAUAAGAUAAAAUACAAUACAUACUAAUUUUAAAAGGCCCACUGCGAUUUUACGAGCAUCUAGCGGCAAUAUUCAAUCUGUCCUUCAAAUCAGGUAAAGUAUUAAAACUCAAGAUAACACAACACAGCUACUCAUUAAACCAAUAACAGUAAAAUAAAUACAAGACACUCUUAAAAAGACAAAAAACACAAGGAUCCAUGACAAGAUACAAUACAUACUAAUUUUAAAAGGCCCACUGCAAUUUUACGAGCAUCUAGCGGCAAUAUUCAAUCUGUCCUUCAAAUCAGGCUACAUACCAGCUGCUUGGUGUCUUAAUGUUUCUGAAUGAAGUAAAGCCAGCAAAUAGACCAGAAAGCUACAGACCAAUCAGCCUAACCAGCUGUAUUGGCAAACUUCUAGAAAAAAUAAUCAGUUCCAGACUAUUGACCAAUCUCGAACUGACAUCAAAAUUAAUAGAAAUACAAAAUGGAUUCCGGAAAAAAAGACAAACCACAGACUAUCUGGUAAGAUGUACAGAAACCAUAGUGGACAGUUUUAAUCGUAAUGAAUGCACUGUCUCUUGCUUUCUCGAUGUUGAGAAAGCCUUUAACAACGUAUGACAAAAUUUAUUAAAAUUCCAAAUGUCCAAAAUGAAACUACCGUGAGGUAUUAUUCACUGGCUUUCCAACUUUCUAGAUAACAGGAAAACUAGAAUUAAUGUAUCGGGCACCUUCUCUGAGUAUUUUUUCCCUGAGGCAAGGGUAGUUAGCCCUAUACUAUUCAUCAUGUAUGUGAGUGAAAUGCUUCUGUUAGAUCCAAAUCUCUGGUUUUGUUCAAAGUUUGCAGGUGAUGUGGCUAUAUGAAGGAAUUCGUAAACUCCGACCAUUGCAGCGACUAAACCAAAUAGAAAAUUACUGUAAGAAAUGGAGAGUCAUAAUAAAUGCUCAAAAACACAAAUUAUAUUAUUCACGAAAUCAACCGAGACAAGUAAACAGCCUCCAAAAUUAUACCCCAAUUAAACCCUUCUCCAGGUAGCCACAACAGCCAAAUUACUGGGCCUAACUUACGAUUCAAAACUAAAUUGGAGCAAACAUGUAAAUGAAAUUAGAAAUAUAAUAUGGCAAAGAGCAAAUUAUGUACCGAGUCUGACUGGCAACAACUGAAAACAACUUAAAAAUCUAUAAAACAUAUAUACGUCCAGUGGUAGAGUAUGCCUACUGGUCAACUUCAAAGUUAAAUCAAAUAUAAACAAACCAGAGACAGUUCAAAGCUCAAUAAUCACUAAAGCAUACAGAUCCACAAACACAACCUUUCUAUGCAAUUACGCACACAUCCAUAUGUUGUCACAGACUUCUAAGUAGAUCAAUAGACUAUUUCAAGAAAAAAAUUGAACAAAAAUGUUUCACUAAGCACAUUAAAAGGUUUAUCAUACACGAUAAAGAUAGCCUAAAUACCUCUCACCACUGAAUGUACUAUAAUAAUCUCGUUAUGUAACCUACAGCCACCUACUACUGGGCAAACCGGUACCAACAUACAGUGUUAGUUAUAUUUUUUUAAAUGUAUUUAAGUAAGAAUAAGGUUAGUACUGUUUAUUUUUACGUCCAUGGACAUACCCUGAUAAGGGUCACUCGCUUGUGCGUUAACCUACAAACAAUUGUAGCGCGCAUGAUGUUAAAACAGAUUUUCUGGACUGAACAAUACCGGCUUCAUCAACUACAUCCAUGUAAUGAAAGGAAGGAGGUAGAGAUCCAGGAUACACCCGAUCUUCCCGGGUCUCAUGACCAAAUACAGAUCGGAAAAACCAGCCACCAACCGCAGUGAAUGGAACAAGUUAUUUAUAUAAUUAAAAUAUUUUUCUAUCUAAACCAGAGUAGCGUGAGACUUGGUAUUUAUGGGUUAAUUAUAAUAAAUUGUUCUUGUGAA